CCCAAGCAAUGCUCCUGUCAAUCAAGUCAAGCUGGAAAGGAGUCUACGAACUUUGUUUCAUACCAUUCAGAAAGAAAUGGCCGAUGGCAGUUUUGAAGGGGCAGAAAGAGACGCUGCAGAAGACACAGAUGAGCUUCUUUACACUGACCUGGAUGAAGACAGCAAUGCCCCUCUGCCACAGGAUCACUGUGACCUCCUCCUAGAUGCCAUCGAUGCCCAGCUGAGCCGCCUGCAGGUGCAGAGCCAUAGCAAUGGGAUUGAAGGUAUCUCCAGAAAACAUGAUUGCCUCAAUACAGCUCAUCUUAGCAGUAGCCAGUCUGUGAGCAGGGAUACAGGACUGGGAAGUACCAUCCCCACUAACAACACCCCCAUCUCUUGUCUUGACGUGGUAUGCUCUGAGACCAGGGACCUACCUUCAGAGAAGAGCUCAGGAGAACGGGUGGACCCUGCCGAUCAGGAGGAAGAGGAGCAGAGGACAGUUGAAGUGAUGACAGAGGAAGAGGAGGGUGUAGAGUCCCGGAAGGAGCAGUGUCACUGGAGGUUGGAGAGGCUGUUGGGGACUUAUGCCUGUGGAGGAGGAGGGUUAGCAGGAGAGCUGUGCUCCCCUCCAGAAAGUGUCUGCACAGAGGACUUUGCCAUGCGCUUCAGGGAGGAGAUGGUGGUGAGGCUGCCAGACAGGACCAAACAGAGACUGGCCAGAGACUGGAGUAGCAACCUGGGACAGUCCUUUGGAAAGGAAGAGGCUGAAAGGACAGCAUCAAAGCAAGCAGGUGGUCUCACUGCUACUGGGGGAGAGGUUGUGGAUAGAGGCAUGGGUUAUACAGAGCUUCCCCAUCACAUGGACAAGCAAGGCCAGGAGAGCCAGACUCAUCACAGGCAUGGAGAGAGGAGAACUAACUGGAGUGGAAACCUAGGGGCCAGUGAGAGCCACACAAGAGCACCACAGAGGCUUAGUGAUCUUAGCAGGAGUGAAUGCUGUCUUCACUCUCUAGUGACUCCACCAGGGGGUGAUAGACAGCUGUCAGUAGAGACAUGUUCACAGUCCUUUGGGUUACCCCAGCCUGCCACAGUGCCUGGUCCUCCCAGCACUAGCAGUGUUCGUACAGGGGUUCUCAUUGAGGCCUGUUCCAGUCUGGAGCCUGAGGGAACCAAGGAGAACAGGCACCAUGCUGCUAGAACCACCACCAGACACCUGGCAGGAGUGCCUGUGUGGAAUUUUGACACAGUGACCAUAGACAGUGACCUGGACUCAGUACGCACAGAGAAGGUCUGGCAACACGUCCACAGCAGGCCAGGAUACCUGUCAGCCAUUCGGUCUGUCAGCCACGUGGAUGGUCUCGACACUGACCAGAGUGACUAUGACACACCCACUCUGGAGCCAAGGAAUCUCAAGUUUACUCCAGCACUGAUAGCUAGCAAUGGAAAUGUGACCAGUGACAGUCUACCUCUUCGUAAAGCACACAAAAGCAGAAGAGACACUCACAGGUGUGGGCUCUCUGUGGAUGAUGAUGAUGAGGACACAGAUGAGGGCUGUGUCCGCUGGAGGAGGAGACGUAGGCCUGACAAGGACACAGGGGGACAUGUGUGUACGCAGAGGCCUGGGGUUCGUCUGGAGGAGGUGAGGUCAGACUGGCUACAGAUGGAGGAGGAGCUGGCGACCCUCAGACAGGACUGUGAGAAGGAGGAGAAGAGGCUGAGGAUGAAGAGAGCUCAGCUGUGUGAGACUGAACUGUCCCUCACUGACCUUCUUCAGAAAAGAAAACAUGCCAUGCAGGAGUGGGAGCAGCUGCGUGCGGGGGCAGAGCAGAUGGAAAGGGACGGGAGGUGUCUGGAGGCCAGCCUGAGAGACAGCAAGGCAGAAGCAGACAGCACCAGUUCUCAGCUGCGUCGGCUACAGAGGCAGAGGGACUCCUGUUUGCAGGAGGUCAGGGAUCUGAAGGAGGAGCUGGCUGCUCUAUGUAAACACAAAACUGCCUUAAUGGAUGGGACCUGCAUGGACAGGAGAGUGACCAGUGUCAGUAUGUCUGUCCUUGAGAGAGAGGAGUUGGACAGACAGCUGAACAGUGCCAAGACAGAGCUGUUUUCCGAGCAGCGGUGCUCUAGACUCAAACUGGACUCUAUGCAAGAGAAGUUGGACGAAGCUCACGAGGAGCUCCAGCGUGUAACAGAGGAGGAGAAGUUACUGAGGGAUAGGUGUGCAAGUCUGGAGGAGAAACACAGGCUGAAACAGGAGGAGGAGGAGGCAGUGGAGGUGCAGGUGUGUGAGCUACAGAAAGAGCUGGGGGAGAGUGAGAGCAGGGUGGAGAGGAUAGUAGCCCAGAAGGAGCUGCAGCUGCUGGGGUUCCAGGAGGAGAGGAGUGCCUUGCAGGCAGAGAGAGAUGGGCUCCAGGGGGAGCUCCGCAGCCUGAGGAAGCUGCACAGCAUCUCCCUGAGAGAGACCCAGGAGCAGGCACUCACGCAGACGCAGCGGGAGCUGGAGCAGCUGAAGAAAGAGUUGGCUUUAUCUCAUGAGAAACACAUCCAGCAGGCUCAUAUUCAAGCUGAAGAAGAGAAAACAGUUUCUCUCAGAGAACAGGCCCUGUCUCACACACAGCACAUUGAGUCCAUACAGAGCUGCAUCCAGAUGAAGGAGAAGGAGUGGUGGAAGCUGAGGGAGGCUCUUAAGGAGCAGAAGGAGGUGAUGAGGAGGCGAGAGGACGAGCUGUGUGCGGAAGCUCAGGAGAUGAUGCACGGCACCAUAGAGCGUGAGAGGAAGAAAUGGGCGGCAGAGAAAGAAGCGGCUCUGCAGUUGCAGUGUGGGAUACUGGAGGAGCAAGGCCGGGAGGCUCUGGAGAGAAUGAGGGGAGAGACUGAGAGAGAGAAGAGGAAUGCCUUGGCUCUUCAAAGCAAAGUGGUAGAACUGAGGACAAAAGUGCAGGAGCUGGAAAGUGAGGGCCUUGUGCAGCAGAGUGAGCAGGCGUCUGCUCUCGCUGCAAUGCGUAGGUCCCUGAGAGAGAAGCACCAGGUUGAGCUACAGAGACUGCGCAGGCACAUGGAACAGGAGGGCGAGAGGGAAUCGUUGAGGCUGGAGCAGGUCAUCCAACAAGCAGAGGAGCAGGCUGGUAGACUGCAGGUGCUGCUGGGGGAGAGGGAGCACAUCCACAAGCAGGCCACAGCCAGGCUGGAGCAGCAGCACAGACACUGGGCCCAGGAGAUGGGGGCAGAGUGUCAGCAUCUUCAGCACCUGCUGGAACACAGUGGGGCCGUAGGGAGCUCCCUUCAGCUCCCACACAGUCCUACGGUGGCCCAGGCAGUCCAAACCCUGCAGGUCCUCAGAGAGCAGUUGCAGCAGUCAAUCAGUCAACUACAGCAGGAGCUUGACUUACAGAGACGCAGCACUCAGCAGCUGAGCCGGGACAAAGAACGGGAGUUCCGUAUUCAGAGGGAACAGAUGGAGACGGAGAGACAGCAGGCUCUGGACUCACUGAAGGAGACACUCAUUCAGGAGCACAUUGAGGAGCUGAGCGAUCUGCAGCAGGCCCAGGUGCGGGAGGAAGGAGAUGAGACAGGAGGUUUGGCUGCGUCCCUGCGCAGGCAGCUGCAGGCCAAAGACCAGGAACUGCGCCGGGUGCAGAGGAGCAUGGGACAGUGGAAGGAGCAGACCACUGCGCGCCUGGCACGCAAGUUUGAGGAGGAGUUGACAGCCGAACUGGAGAGGUGCAAGGCAAAGUUGUUAAAGGGGAGAAAGGCACCUAAGGCACAAGAGGAGAAGCAGAGGAAGCUGGAGAAACUGGAAGGGGAGAUGAGACGCAUUACUGGGGAAUGCACCGACUCUGGAGCUCAGCAAUCAGCCUCCUCUCCCUCACUCCACAUUGGGGAAGCCCCUACCUCCCCCGGGUCCUCAGACCUGGCCUCCUUUAAGCUACUGCGUCACCUCCAGAGCCGGGUCAAACAGCUCCGUGCUGAGAACCAGGCCCAUGCCUGCAGCCCCUCUCAAUUGGGCAGGACCCCUCUAGGCAGGGCCCCAAUGGAGCUGGCUGGGUCCUAUCUGGACACGAUCACACCAUCCCAGGAAUGCAGUCAGUUUUGGAGUCGUUCCCGUUCCAGGACAGUACAGGGUGAAGGAUUGUGAGCUUUGCCAGAUGACGUGUGUGUGUUUGUAAAAUGAAUUACUGGAGGACAGCAGUCUCAAAUCAUUUCAAGGUACUCCUGAAAAGGAUGACACUACAUGAUCAGGGUAAAUGGCCUCAAGGUCAAAAUGGGUUAAGUUGGCAUUCUUCUGCCUUUGGAGGAAUUAAGUCUUACUUGCUAGGCUAAAGGUUGGGGACUGAGUGAAUGUUUGAUGAACCAACUGACAUGUCUGCAUAGUGCCUAUUCCGGAGCUGUGACUCUUUAGGCAGUGGGAUCAAGCUGAAAUUAGGAACAUUUGAAGAAGAAAGUAAUAUUGUGUCAGUUUCUUUCUAUUUUGCAACAGAGCUAUUGUAAUUAUUAUGCUCAAUGUACACUCACAGGACAGUUUAUUGGGUGCACCUAUUUAGUACAGGGUCGGACCCCCCUUUGCCUCCAGAACAGCCUGGAUUCUUUGGGGCAAGUUGGAAACGUUCCACAGGUAUGUUGGUCCAUGCUGAAGCAAUGGUGUCAUGCAGUUGCUGUAGAUUGAACGGCUGUACCAUUGACAACAAGCAGGAUGGGUCCAUGGACUCAUGCUACUUACGCCAAAUCCUGACUCUGCCAUCAGCAUGACGCAACAGGAACCAGGAUUUGUUGGACUAGGUGAUGCUUUCCACUCCUCAGUUGUCCAGUGUUGGUGAUCGUGUGUCCACUGGAGCGGUUUCUUCUUGUUUUUAGCUGUUAGGAGUGGAACCUGGUGUGGUCGUCUGCUGCAAAAGCCCACCUGUGAAAAUGAUCGACAAGUUCUGAAUUCCGAGAUGCCGUUCUGCACACCACUGUUGUACUGCGCCAUUAUUUGUCUGUUUGUGGCCCGCCUGUUAGCUUACACAAUUCUUGCCAUUCUCCUUCGACCUCUCAUCAACGAGCUGUUUUCGCCCACAGGGCUGCCACUGACUGGAUGUUUAUUGUUUGUCGCACCAUUCUUGGUAAAUCCUAGACACUGUCGUGCCUGAAUAGCCCAGGAGGGUGGCCGUUUCUGAGAUACUGGAUCGUCCUGGCACGGACAAUCAUACUACGCUCCAAGUCGCUUAUGUCACUGGUUUUUCCCAUUCUACCAUUCAAAUGAACAGUAACUGAAUGCCUUGAUGCAUGUCUGCCUGCUUUAUAUACCAAUCCACAGCUACGUGAUCCAUUUUUGU